AUCAAAACAGCUACAACAAAAAUACAAUUACAAUAUAUAGUUUGACUCGACUUAUCAGUAUUAUUUCGUAGUUCGCGUUUCUUUAACUGAGUUUGCUUAAUCCAAGCAUAUAUGCCGUGAAAUUUCAUUGAUGUGACAUUGUGCUGGUUCUACCUAUUACAAGAUGAUGAAAACACCGAUAACUGUCCUGCAGGAGCUUAUGGUGAAGUUCUCAGAGUCUCCUGAGUAUGAGUGUGUGGCUCAGUCAGGUCCUCAGCACCUCGCCGUGUUCGAGUACCGGUGCGCAGCGCGCGGUCACGUAGUGUCGGCCACCGCUCGCAGCAAGAAAGAGGCCAAGCAGGAGGUGGCGCGGCUCAUGCUGGCCCGGCUCGCGGCCGCCGGGCUCAGCGUGCCGCCGCCCUACGCCGCGCCCGCUGCCGCCGCGCCGCUCGCGUGUGACGAGCCGUCUGCCGGCGCGGUUGGCACCGGCUCUAGGAGCUACAAAGCGCUGCUUAAGGAGCUCUGCCAAGAGUACAACCUCCCCGGCCCUGAAUACACGCUAGAGGGAGACACGGGGCCUGCGCACGCGCGUCGCUUCACCGCGCGAUGCGCCGUCGGCGCGCAUGCGCGGAUCGCCUCCGCUACUACAAAGAAAGCGGCGCAACAGCUGGCAGCGCAACAGCUGUAUCAGUACUUGAGGGAGAACCUGGCUCGGCUUACUGAGGACUUUGUUGAGGAGGACGCGCUGGCACGCGCGCACGAGCGCGCCAUGGAGCGCUACGUGGAGGCGCGCGCCGACGCGCCGCACCGACCAGACCUGGGCCAGUGCGUCGCUGACUACCACCUCGGUCUGUUGCUCCACCUCGAGGAAGAGCAAGUGAGCCUGGGCGCGGACGCCUUGGAGGCUGCGUCACCUGACGCGGAGCCUGAGACAGCGCUGCAGGCCGUGGCCGGAGCCCUAGGGCUGCGCGUCGAGUGGCACUCGCUCCCGGCAGAGGGAGGCGCGCUGACGCUGGUGCGGCUGGCGCCGUCGUCGCCGCCGCUGGUAUUCUGCGCGCGCACGCGGGACGCCGCGGCCGCCGAAGCGCUCACAUACCUGCGCCUCACCAUGAAGUUUAAGGGACAGAAAUAAACGUAUACUUAUAUAUAGGGGGCAGCGGCGGCGUAGGUUGGGUUGGAGCGAUCCCACCUUUCUUUCCUAUUUAGGGCCGCCGCUGCUGUUCUGCGCGGGACGCCGCUGCUUCUGAGGUGCUCACUUCCCUGCGCCUCAUUUUUUUUUUCAUUUAUUUAGGAAAGAAACAGUCACAUACAAAAGUGUUUAAGUUCUUAGAUUACAGAAAGACCUAUAGUUCCAUUUAGUAUAAAGUACGCAUAAAAAUAUAUAACUAAUGAAGUUUAGGGGCCAGAAAUAAACAUGUAAUGGGUAAGGCCCAGCGCCGCCGUUCGCCACUGCCGCCAUCGCACAAGCGUUUUCGCAAUGUCUAACCCCAUAUCGGAUCUCCUUUGACAAAAAUCUAUGCUAUUAAAUUAUUUUAUAUUUUUCUUAAACGCUUGCAUUUAAAAAUCAAAUAAAUUAGUCUUCUUAAUUUUACUGUUUUCUCCUUUAG